GCUGUCGCUCUCUGCCUGUGAGUGCCCGCGGUGAAUUGGUCCAGCAUCCCUGCGCAGGCAGUGGGGCAAAUGUAGAUGUGAAAAAAAUAUAUAAUUUGAAAAUAUGUAAUCGUGGAAUAAGUUUACGGCGUCGGCAGCUUGCGAUGAGGGAAGGAGAAUAUGGCAGACUGGAUUUUGUGUUGCGCCUCUGUGGAGCACGGGCCGUUACAUUGAGAGAAAUAAUGCGGAAUAUUUCUCCCUGUAGGUGUUAACGCAGAAAAUACAAGAUGAAGAAGCAAUUCAAUCGGAUGCGACAGCUCGCCAACCAAACGGUGGGAAGGGCAGAAAAAACAGAGGUGUUAAGCGAGGACCUGCUACAGGUGGAGAAGCGUCUGGAUCUGGUCAAGCAGGUGACACACAGCACUCACAAGAAGCUGACUGCCUGCCUGCAGGGUCAGCAGGGGACUGAUAUGGAGAAGAGAUCGGUCAAGUCACCAUCUAAAAAACUACCGCUUACGAUCCUGGCACAAUGUAUGGUCGAAGGGGCGGCAGUGUUGGGGGACGACUCUCUCCUGGGGAAGAUGCUGAAGAUGUGCGGGGAGACGGAAGAGAAGUUGGCCCACGAGCUCAUCCAGUUUGAGUUCCAGAUAGAGAGAGAUGUGGUGGAGCCCCUCUAUGUUCUCGCUGAGGUGGACAUUCCUAACAUCCAGAAACAAAGGAAGCACUUAGCUAAACUUGUCUUGGACAUGGACUCUGCUCGGACAAGAUAUCAGCAGUCGUCCAAGUCAUCCAGUCACCCGAGCACGCUGCAGCCCGGCGCCAAGUCCGAGUCCCUUAGAGAGGAGAUGGAGGAGGCAGCCAAUCGGAUGGAGAUUUGUAGGGAUCAGUUAUCAGCAGAUAUGUACAGUUUUGUGGCCAAAGAAAUAGACUAUGCAAAUUACUUUCAGACACUAAUAGAAACACAGGCUGAAUAUCACAGGAAGUCAUUAGAGAUUCUUCACAGUAUCCUGCCCCAGAUUAAAGCGCACCAAGAGGCGUGGGUGGAGAAGCCAUCGUUUGGCAAGUCUCUGGAGGAACACCUGAAUAUUAGUGGAAGAGAGAUAGCUUUCCCCAUCGAAGCUUGUGUCACCAUGCUGUUAGAGUGUGGCAUGCAAGAGGAGGGUCUCUUCAGAGUGGCUCCAUCAGCCUCCAAGCUUAAGAAGCUGAAAGCGUCCCUGGACUGCGGAGUUCUGGAUGUUCAGGAGUACUCCUCCGACCCACACGCCAUCGCAGGGGCUCUGAAAUCAUACCUCCGUGAGCUCCCCGAGCCACUGAUGACCACUGAACUUUAUGAUGAAUGGAUUCAGGCCUCCAACAUUCAGGAUAUGGACAAGAGACUACAAGCAUUAAUGGCAGCAUGUGAAAAACUCCCCACAGAUAACUUGAACAAUUUCAGAUAUCUAAUAAAAUUUUUAGCCAAGCUGAGCGACUACCAAGACGCAAACAAGAUGACUCCUGGUAAUAUGGCGAUUGUUCUUGGCCCUAACCUACUUUGGACGCACACUGAACCGAACAUGACAGAGAUGAUGACCACCCUGUCCCUACAGAUUGUUGGCAUCAUUGAGCCCAUCAUCCAGCAUGCUGACUGGUUCUUCCCUGGAGAGAUUGAAUUCAACUUGACAGGCAGCUACGGCAGCCCAAUCCACACCAACCACAACUCCAACUACAGCUCCAUGCCUUCACCAGACAUGGACCAAUCUGAACGCAAGCAACAGCACGACCAGAGCCGACGCCCACUAAGCGUCGCCACGGACAACAUGAUGCUGGAGUUUUACAAGAAGGAUGGCAUUAGGAAGAUACAAAGCAUGGGCGUCCGGGUGAUGGAUACCUCCUGGGUGUCUCGUAAGGGUUCAGCCACGCUGGCACGCAAGACCUCCUCCACCCCUCCAGGCAUGCAAGGCCCCGGCUCUCCAGCUGACACUCUCAUACCCGAGCAGCCCGGAGAGCUCGCCACCUCCCCGUCUGCGACACCACCACCUGGAGAAAGGGUUUGCUCAGACAACGUGUCGCCCAAUCGGCCGGACACUUCUCAUGCCCACCCCCCACCAGGGGGGGACCCGCGACCCCCCCCCCCACCCCACCCCUCCAGCCACACCUCCCGACCCCAUCAUCCCCCCCCUCCUUGCGCUCGCCCUGUGGCACCAGGUCCAGAGUCCCAGCCCCCCGCCUCUCCCCCGCCCCCGUUGCGCUGGUCUGGCUUCACUCCCCCAGCCCCACCCCCUUCUUCCUCUUCUUCUUCCUCCUCCUCGUCACUUGACAUCAAUUCGAAUCCCAAACCCAGCUGUCUGCAUUUCCCCAAGCACAGCCCGCCUGGUGACAUGUCGCAUGCCCCCCCACCAGACACUAAUGCCUCACCACUCUACAUCAAAACCCCCUUGGUACUAACCCGCCAUGACCAGUCCCUUGGCAACCCCCCUAGCCUCCCUUCGUCCGCGCCCCCGCCCCCGCCGUGGGCUGCCUGUCCAUGUGCCCGAGAGAGAGGACCCCCCAGGCUGACUAGUUCAUUGAAGAGUAAAGAGCUCUCCCCAGUAAUUGGACACAAAGCCAUCCAGGUGGCAGGUCCAACAGUCCCUGCCAGCUGUAGUCCUCAGAGCAGUAGCCAAUCCCCCCACUCCACAGAGCACAGUCCGCACACCCUGCGCAAAGGUUCCAAGAAGUUGGCCCCUGUGCCUCCAAAGGUCCCUUACAGCCAGUCUUGCGGGAUGUCCGACCAGUCCACAGGUCAGCCGUCACCGGUCAGCCUGUCCCCCACACCUCCUACCACCCCCUCCCCUUAUGGACUGGCCUGCCCUCCAGGGCAAGUGCCCCCAUCCUCCCCUGGUCAGACCCCAUUUGGGGCGCCCCACUCCCUCUCGUCCCCACCGUCCCUGACCGGAACGCUCACCAAGUCGCGGCCUGCCCCUAAGCCCAGGCAGAGACCCAGUCUGCCCCCUCCUCAGCCACCCACAGCCCCCCCGGGGUUCACUGGCACGGCCAUGGCCCCUGUUCCCCAGCCCCUGGAGCAGGGCCUCCUGGAUGGACUGUCCCCCGGGGAGAGCAUGUCUACAGAUAUCUUCAAUUAUGAAAUCCCCUCCAUCAAUGUCAAUCUGGACAGCCUCAUCGAUGAGUUCAGCGGUGCCCCUUGCAGGAGGUCCGUGGCAGUGACAGACUCUCCAGAGGGGGAUGCUGUGCCUGAGGAGGAGCCACAGAGCACCACUCUAUGACCUAUGACCCUAAGGCAUCACAGCUUACCAGCACCCCAGUGGCUGUACAUACUCUAAACUGUCGCCACCAAGGCCUGACGGAAACACCAAAUUGGCCUCACCAAUGCCCACCUGAAACCAGAACUCGAACACAUCUGCUACAGGCUGCAAAGAAACUCAUCUCUUACAAUUGCUCGCUAUAACAUAAAUAUGACUAAAAAAAAAAAAACACCAAAAUGCCAUAGUGAAGGAACAGUUG